AAGUAUGAAUUAUAAUUGCAAAUAAAUCGAUGCUGCUUCAGCACACAGAAUCAUUUGAAAUUGUAUCAACGAAGUAUUAAUAACGUGCUUGUUCGAGUAGUACCUAUUCGAUACCUGUUGUGAAAUUUUAAUUUCUGAUUUAAAAGCUCAUUUCGUUUCAAAAUCAUCAAAUUAACGAUAGGUAUAAAAUUUUAUCGAGUAAUAGUGAACCUAUAUUUAAAGUGCGAUGGAUAAUUGGCCAACAUUUACGAGCUUUUUGUAUUUUUUCAUCAUCUCGAGCAGUUAUUUCUUCGGCUGCAGCGAUGGGAUUCCUGAAACAGGAGUGCAGCCAUCUCCAGAUGAUAAGUGCAUAAACUGUAUUGCCAUUGCGAUUUCUAACUGCGAUAAAAGUAAGUACUGUGAAAAAGAUGUUUGCGGAAUUUUUCGUAUGACGGAGCCGUUUUGGAUAGAUGGCUACAGUUACAAACACAAAUACAACAAAGAUGAUCCCAACAAUCAUAAAGCUUAUCAAGACUGCGCUAAUGAUGAAAAAUGCGCUAAACAAAUAACUAUCGAUUAUUUAACCAGAUAUGCUACGGAUUGUGAUGGAAAUGGCCAAAUUGAUUGUUACGAUUAUGCUGGAAUGCAUAAAUGGGGACCGUUUGGAGGAUGCCAGAAAAAUCCCAUCGUUAACUCUGGAUCGUAUUAUACUUCUCUAAAAACAUGUUUAGAAUGUUCGAAUCAACAAUGCCUCUCGAGCUCCACCGAGUUGGCGCGAUUCCAGGAGCUUGAGAAUCGGAUUCCAAAUGGUGUGAUUCCACAAAAUUUUGAGUCCUGAUUCCGCUUAUCAGAUUCGCCAGAUAUAGGAAUCCGAAUCCGAAUCGUAAUUUUCGAUUCCGAUUCCUUUCGCGACUCCGAUUCAGAUUCCACUCACGACUCAUCUUAGGAUCCUCUCACAACUCCAACCAGAUUCCUCUCACGACUCCAGCCAGAUUCCCAUCACAACUCCUUAAAUUUCAUAAAAAUGAAGCAUUGAAGAUGAAAUGAACAUUCUAACAAACAUUAGUAAAUAAAUAUAAAGGCUCGCCGGUGUUAUUUUUUUUGUAGGAGUGGGGGGGGGGGGUGAGGCGUGGGGAGGGGGCAAUUCUAAAUUUUUCGUACAUUAUUGUAUAAUAUGUCGAUUGAUAUGAAUUUUUCGAACAUUAUUGUGUAAUAUGUCGAAUAAUAUGUUUUCGAAAUCGUAGAAUCCGAAUUUGGAGUAAUUUUUUUUGUAGGAGUGGAGGGUGAGGCGUGGGGAAAGGGAAAAUUUCAAAUUUCUCCUACAUUAUCCUUAUCGUGUUAUAUGUCGAAUAAUAUAUUUUCGAGGUCGUAGAAUUCGAAUCCGGAGUCAUUUUUUAUGGUGAAGGUGGAAGGUGAGUCGUAGGUUCGCAUGUGUGGGGCCCUCUCCCCAAACGGUGAUACUUGAAUAGCACUCGACCCUAAAAACUAGCUCAAGAUUCGAAUUCUGCGACCUUGAACACAUAUCAACCAACAUGUUACACAAUAUUAUAGGCAAAAUUUGAAAUUUCUCCUCUCCUCUUGCCUCGCCUCAUACCCCUGCGAAAAAAUAACCCCAGAUUCGAAUUGUACGACCUCAAAAACAUAUCAAUCGACAUAUUACACAUUAAUAUAGGCAAAAUUUGUAAUUUACUCUCUCUCCCCUUGACUCACCUCCCACCCCUACAAAAAAAAAAUAUCUCCAGAUUCGAGUUCUACGACCUAGAAAAUAUAUUAUUCGACAUAUAACACGAUAAUGUAGGAGAAAUUUGAAAUUUUCCCUCUCCCCACGCCUCACUCCCUACUCCUACAAAAAAAAUAACUGCAGAUUCAGAUUCUACGACCUUGAAAACAUAUCAAUCGACAUAAUUACACAAUAAUGUACGAAAAAUUUAGAAUUGCCCCCUCCCCAUGCCUCACCCCCCACUCCUACAAAAAAAAUAACUCCAGAUUUGGAUUCUACGACCUCGAAAACAUGUUAUUCGACAUAUUGCGCAUCGAUCAGGGUCGAAUCCUAAUAAUACCAAUUAAUUUUGUAGAUUUUCUGACUUACCCCAAAGUGGGGUAAGUCAGAACAAGUUACAUUUUAUUCGAUUGUGCGAAAGCUACUGCGACAAUCGCGCUGAAAUUUUCACCAUAGGUUAAAAUCCCUUAUGGGAACCUACAUACAAAAUUUCAGCCAUAUUGGUUCAUUAGUAUGAGAGUAACAGCUGAUCAAAGUUGAAAUUGUGAAAAAACGUUCUGACUUCCCCGGUGCACCUUAUGUAAAAUUAAAUUUUCAACUCACCAUGUUAUUAGUAAAACAAUGAUAAAUUCUAAAUUCAUCAUUCAGAUUCACUUUCACAACCACUUUUGACUUUUCAGCGCCAACCGGCAAAAAUUAGAUAAAAGAAUAUUUAUGAAAAUUACACUUUUUUGUAUUUGUGCUUUUCAUUCAAUUGAAUUUGGGUGAUUUCGUUCAUUGUGAGAGUCUAGAGAAUCGUAAUGAGGAGUCGCGAGAAUCAAAUUACCGGAAUCGCGAAUCAUAUUACAUUUGCGAUUCCUGCUUGAAAAGAGUCAGAUUUCACAUUUUUCGAUUCAUCUGUCAGGUGAAUCGAAAAUGGAAUCCGAUUCCGGAAUCGGAUUCAUGCGAUUCUCACGACUCCUUAAAAAAAUCGGAAUCGCGCCAUCUCUGAUCGCAUCUCGUGUCAUUCAAUCAUAGUUGUAGACUUAUAGUUUUGUCAUCUUUUUCUGCUGGCAAGGGAAUCCUCAUACCUUUACAAAAUCGUCAACUUUUGCUAGUGGUUCUAGAUUUCCACUUUCAAAAAUUCAUCAAAAAUCGUAAGAUCGACUUCGGCAGCUGGAAAGAAAUUUGGUUCUGAGGUCUGAUAGUGAACUGAAUUUCAGCUCGAUACCGAUAGUCGAUAGAAGACUGAGGAUGAGGAAUGUAAAUUGAAAUUUAAUAUUUAAUUUAAUUUGAAAAUAAAAUUUCGUGAAAUAGAUAGGUAUAGCUGGUA